CCAUACCUUCGUCGUCACGCCAUCCAUCUCACACCGCAGCCAUGACACGGCGCACGUGACUCACCGCUUCUCCGGCUGCCGAAGCGGCCACUAGCGCAGGUCACGGGCAUCGCGAGACCGACUCCGUAAUCGACUGUUGUUUUGCUCUGCUAGAUAUCGCCACUGCGCAGACGUCGGUCUUGCGCAGGAAUUCCAUCUAACCGGACAUUCGACCAUCUGGCCUGCGGCUGGAAAAUGGUCAUGCUGAUUUCGCCAAUUCCGAGACACGCAUGAAAAUUCGAUAACCAUGAGCGGGAGGAUUCUCUCCCACCGUUUGACUCCGCUGUUGAGGAGGGGCCUGCUGGCCCGCCAUAUGCACAGCGUGAGUUCGAGAACUGGUGGUCUCCUCCGUGCAGAUGGAAAUGCAGUGUUACGGGGUCGAGCGUGGCCGGUCGGUGCCAACGCUAUACACAACAAUGUUCCGGCGGUGCGGACGAUAUCCUUUGCGAGGAUGCUACCCCGGAUUGCGCUCAAGCUAGUCAGGCUUCCAGCUAUGUUCGGGGGAGCGAUGAUUGCCGGAUUGGCUUAUAUACAAUAUCAAGCGAAUCAGGCGGGAAACUACGCCAUCGACAUCCUCAAGCGGGCAGGUGAGACUGCUACUGAUACGGCAACUGGACUAUUCAACGGGCUUCAGGGUAUGGCUGAGCAGACGAGUCGUGGCUGGGAAAAGAAAAAGGAAGAGAUGGAACUUCCGGAAUGGAUGCAGAAGAUCUUCCGUCUAGGGGAGGAGUCUGAGUCUGAAGGCGGCGGUUCUGGCGGCCAGGGAGGAUCCCCCAGAGAUAAUCGUAAUGCUGCGGCUGCUGGAGCUGCAACGGCUUCUGCUUUCGGUUAUGACAAAUCUGAUGAACGAGAUGUCCGAGGUGCGACGCAGAUUGCGAUAGACGAUCAGAUGAUGGUUCUCACGCGGAAGAUGAUCGAGAUCAGAAAUAUCCUGCAGACGGUGGGGCAGUCGAGCACAUUGACGCUUCCAUCAAUAGUGGUCAUUGGAUCUCAGUCUUCGGGUAAAAGCUCUGUCCUGGAAGCUAUCGUUGGACAUGAGUUCCUCCCAAAGGGUCUCAACAUGGUGACGCGCCGGCCGAUCGAGCUUACCUUGGUCAACACGCCCGAUAGCCAAACAGAGUACGGCGAGUUCCCAACUCUUGGUCUCGGGAAGAUCACCGAUUUCACCCAGAUUCAACGGACUCUUACCGACUUGAACUUGGCUGUACCCGAGAGAGACUGCGUCAGCGACGAUCCCAUUCGCCUGACGAUCUUUUCACCUCACGUUCCUGAUCUCUCUCUCAUUGAUCUUCCUGGAUAUAUACAAGUUUCGGGCCGGGAUCAGCCCCCGGAGCUUAAGCAGAAGAUAUCCGAUCUGUGUGACAAGUAUAUUCAGCCUCCCAACAUCAUUCUCGCCAUAUCGGCCGCGGAUGUUGAUCUGGCCAACUCGACCGCCCUAAAGGCCAGCCGCAGAGUUGAUCCCCGAGGAGAGAGAACAAUUGGUGUGGUCACGAAGAUGGAUCUGGUGGAUCCAGAAAGAGGUGCAAGCAUCUUGCAGGACAAGAAAUAUCCUCUACGGCUAGGCUAUGUGGGCGUGGUCUGUCGGGUUCCUCAAACCACAGCGCUCUUCUCUCGGGCGAGUGGUAAUAUCUCCAGCGCCAUUUUGAAAAAUGAGAAUGCUUACUUCUCUACGCACCCUGCGGACUUUGGUCCGGAUUCCGGCGUUGAGGUCGGGGUUUCGACUCUCCGUAAGAAACUGAUGCAUGUUCUCGAACAAACAAUGGCGUCGAGCCUAGCAGGAACUAGGGAUGCGAUCAGUCAAGAGCUAGAAGAAGCGACUUAUGAAUUCAAGGUUCAAUACAACGACCGUCCGCUCAGCGCGGAGUCUUAUCUUGCAGAGAGCCUUGACAGCUUCAAGCACUCCUUCAAGGAGUUCACGGAGCACUUUGGCCGGCCGCAAGUCCGGGAGAUGCUCAAGAAUGAAUUGGAUCAGCGCGUGAUGGACAUUCUUGCGCAAAGAUAUUGGAACAAGCCGUUCGAUGACUUGUCGCCCCCGAUGCCUGAGCUGGACCCUCUUACGGACCUGCCAAAAGCGGAUCCGGAGUCCCUGUAUUGGCACAGAAAGCUCGAUGCUUCAACGUCUUCCUUGACUAAGUCUGGUAUUGGCCGACUCGCGACCACGGUGGUUGCAAACGCUCUCCAGAGCCAUGUCGACCAUCUUGUGGCCAACUCUACGUUUGCGUCGCAUCCGUACGCGCAGAAACAGAUCAAGGAGGCUUGCACGACCAUCCUCAACGACCGCUUCUUCAGCACAAGUGACCAGGUAGAGAAUUGCAUCAAGCCUUACAAGUUCGAGAUCGAAGUGGAGGAUAUGGAAUGGACCAAGGGACGAGAAAACGUUAGCCGGGUACUGAAGGAUGAGCUGCGAUCCUGUGAAUCCGCUCUAAAGCAGGUCGAGCAGGACGUCGGAAGAAGAAAGCUGAAGGAUGUGAUGGCCUUUGUCGACAAAGUGAGAAAGGGAGACGUUGUUCUGGAAGGCGAUGGCGCAGGCGGUGCGGGCGGGUUCAGUUCAUCCCUCCUGCAGAAAGCUCGUGAGGGCAUCUUCCUUCGCGAUCGGGCCGAUCUUCUCAAAAUGAGACUCCUUGCGGUCCGCUCGAAACAGUGCAACAACAAGAAGAACAAAUAUUACUGCCCUGAGGUAUUCCUCGACGUCGUUGCCGACAAGCUCACGUCGACCGCUGUACUUUUCCUGAAUGUUGAGUUGCUCUCCGAGUUUUACUACAAUUUCCCGCGUGAGUUGGACAUGCGACUGGGUCGACAUCUGUCCGACGCUGAGGUCGAACGGUUUGCGCGUGAGGAUCCUCGCAUCCGCCGACAUCUGGAUGUGAUCAGGAAGAAGGAGCUGUUGGAACUGGCUCUGCAGAAGAUUGAGAGCCUGCGCCAGCUGGAAGGUCGCAACUUCACCAAGUCCUCGCAGCGUCCGGUGCCUUCGAAGGAGACGACGCGCGGCUGGAGCCUCUUUUAAUCCUCUCCACGACCUGACUUUGACUUUAUCUUUGCUUCUUUCUGCAUUCCACGAUAUACCAUCACAGUCUUGACCGUUUGUAGAAAGUCGUUCACAUAAUUGUGUCCGGGAGGCGUCCGGAAUGAGACUGCUUUCCUUUUCUCCUCGAUGUAUUAUUUCUUAAGCAAAUAUGUACGAGCGCGCAAUGGCCAGGGUGUAAUCAUUCAAUCGACUCAGGGACAAGACAUUCCCAUACUGUGCAAUUAGCACCUCCUUCCUAGAGAGUAUUAACUCCAACAUGAGAAAACCAUAUAGAAGCGAGGCGACCUUUUUUUAGUUAAGAGCGUCGAUUUAAGUAUGUACAUUGGUCAUAGGAAAUAAAAGUAAGACCCAAGUGAACCACAUCCAUCCAAGACUAUGAUUAUGUGAUAAUAAACAACAUGAUCCGAAUGGAGCCGAUCGACUACGUCCCAAAAU